AUGCCGCAAGCACAGGAUCCAUUCGCCGACUUCUCAGACAAGCAAUUGUUCUCUGAGGACUUUGCUCGCAAGGAAGAUGCGAACGAUCCUUUGAGCAAGCUCCGUAAUGAGUUUAUCAUCCCAACAAAGGGCGAUUUGAAGCAUCCGGGCUAUGGACCAGCACCCACCUCUGGUAGUGCUGACCGGAACGAUACGGCACAAUCUGAUGAUGCUGAAGAGGCAAUUUAUUUCUGUGGAAAUUCAUUAGGACUGCAGCCCAAGCGAACCCGCGAGUACAUCCACAAGUAUCUCGACACAUGGUCGUCCAAGGGUGUUUUCGGCCACUUCAAGGAGCUUGAAAAUGGUCACCCUCCAUGGCUUAAUAUGGAUGAUGCUAUGAAAGACCAGACUUCGAAACUUGUCGGUGCACUGCCCGAAGAAGUUGUAGUCAUGGAGACCUUGACUGCGAACCUGCACUUCCUCAUGGCAAGUUUCUACAAGCCGACCGCAACGCGCUACAAGAUCAUCAUUGAGGGUAAAGCUUUCCCAAGUGAUCAUUACGCAGCGCUUUCUCAGCUUGCCCACCACAAUCUACCGCCUGAUGCUCUCGUGACCAUCACUCCCCCAAAUCCCGAUUCACCCUACCUGUCCGAUGAGCACAUUCUUUCUGUCAUAUCUCAGCAUGCGGCCAGUACGGCUCUCGUCUUGUUACCCGGUAUACAGUUCUACUCUGGCCAAUACUUUGACAUCAAGCUCAUAACACACCACUGCCACCUGAAUGACAUCACGAUAGGAUGGGAUCUAGCUCAUGCCGUUGGCAAUGUCCCAGUCAAGUUACACGAAUGGAAUGUCGAUUUCGCUGCUUGGUGUAACUACAAAUACAUGAACGGAGGACCCGGCGUUAUUGGUGGAUUAUUCGUUCAUGAACGCCACGGUAAAGUCGAAUCUUCAAAAGCAGCCAACGGAGACGACCAACUGAAUUACCGACCUCGAUUGAGCGGAUGGUGGGGCGGCGAUAAGGGCAGCAGGUUCCGCAUGGAGAACCAAUUUGUGCCAAUACCUGGCGCCAGUGGCUUCCAAGUCAGCAAUCCGAGUGCAUUAGAUCUGACGGCCGUCAAGGCCAGUCUUGAUAUCUUCGCCUUGACAGACAUCGAUUCACUCCGCGCGAGGAGUCUCCGUCUCACGCGCUAUCUCGAACGACUCCUCCUGUCCUGGCCCGCGGACACUAGACCUUAUCGCCUGCUCACUCCAUCAAACCCUGACGAACGAGGUGCCCAGAUUAGCGUGCUCCUCAACCCAGGACUACUAGACUCUGUUCAAGCCAACAUCGAAUCUAAUGGUGUCGUGGUGGACGAGCGAAAGCCCGACGUUCUCCGCGUCGCCCCCGCUCCUCUGUACAACUCCUUCUGGGACAUCUAUCGCUUCUACAAAAUAUUCAAAAGUGCUUGCGAGCAGGCUUUGGCCUCAUCUAAAAAGAGCUGAGAGACGUACAGGGGGUAAAAUAAUGUUCACGCAAUGUCGUACAUGACCGCUCCACCUUUGCAUACAGUUUAGAUGAGUGGAUGUCGCCAUAUAUUGUUGCAUUUUCCAGAUUUCUCUUCUUAUAUAGCCGCUGCUUUUUCGCCCUUCCCCGCCUUCUACAUUCUCCUGUUCAACUUUCCAUCCCAAAUAUACGUCGGGAACCACCCCCUUUAUACCCCGAUAGCCUCAGUACAAAACAGAUAACCUCCACAUGAUUAAUACAUAAUAUUCACUUGCUCAAAGAUUAUUCGGAAUGCUUU